UCCCAUCCAUCCCCAUCCCGCGAGUUCCGCGCCUUUGUCUGGUCGUUUCGGACGACUUCUCUUCUUCUUCUCACCCAGCUUAUUUGUUCCACUUCACUAGUCGCGACUCCUUCCCAUACGGAUGGCCACUCUCCUCCCAUCGCUGUCGUAAAUGUCAGUCCUCGUCUGAUCCCUCUCACCUCCACCUCGCAUUCUGUAUAGGGGGCCGCCGGUGGUGCGCUGCCUCAAUUGCCGUGUUCCUCGUCUCCCUAUACAGUGGCUCGGUCGUCCGAGACAUGCUCCCUUGUUGUCUCAAUGGCUACUGGAACCGUCGACCGCUCGCCACCCACUGAGGUGCAGGAUCCAUCAUCCACCGCGCCCAAGAGCCCCGUCGAAGUCCGAUCGGGCCCCAUCCCCGAGCAUGAGGUGCCCGCGGUACCCUCCCCCCGACCGACACCGAUGCACCAGCGACACUUGAGCCCGUUUGUCAUCACCGAUCGACCGGAGGAGAAGCAGCUGGGCCUGUCCAGCCGCAGUCUGAGCCUGCAAGACUUUCGACUCCUGAAGACACUCGGAACGGGCACGUUUGCUCGCGUCUGGCUGGUCAAUCUGAAGAAUGCACAGGAGCGUCGGAACCAGGUGUAUGCGCUGAAGACAUUACGCAAGGCCGAUGUGAUCAGACUGAAGCAGGUCGAACAUGUGCGCAACGAACGCAAGACGCUCGCGGCGGUGUCCGGCCACCCGUUCAUCACGUCGUUGAUCGCGACCUUUGCCGAUGACCAAAGCUUACAUAUGCUGCUGGAAUACUGCCCUGGUGGCGAGAUUUUCAGCUAUUUACGGCGUGCACGUCGAUUUAACGAGAACACCUCCCGGUUCUACGCGGCGGAGAUCUGUCUCACCAUCGAGUUCCUCCACGACAUCGAAGGAGUGGUAUAUCGCGACCUGAAACCAGAGAACAUCCUCCUCGACGCCGAAGGCCACAUCAAGCUCGUGGAUUUCGGAUUCGCGAAGCAGAUCGGCGACCGCGAAACGUACACCUUAUGCGGAACCCCCGAGUAUCUUGCCCCGGAAGUCAUUCACAACAGCGGCCACGGCCUGGCGGUGGACUGGUGGGCGCUGGGCAUCCUCAUCUACGAAUUCCUCGUCGGCCAGCCGCCCUUCUGGGACCAGAACCCGAUGCGGAUCUACGAACAGAUCGUCGAAGGCCACGUCCGGUACCCACAGGGCAUGUCCGGAGCCGCCCAGAACAUCAUCUCCCUCCUGUGCAAGACGAACCCCACUGAGCGGCUGGGUUACAUAUCGGGCGGGUCAAGUCGAGUCAAAGCGCACCCGUUCUUCGAAGGCAUCAACUGGGACGAUCUCUUCCACCGCCGCACCAAGGGACCCAUCCUCCCGCGGGUCGACCACCCCGCCGACACGGGGAACUUCGAAGAAUAUCCCGACCCCGACGUGCGGAACCAGGCCAUCUACUCCGAGGACCUGAAGAGGAAAUACGAGGCCCUGUUCAGCGAUUUCUGAUACUCCAUUGAGCCGGUG